AUGCAGCGGAUCUUCUUUGAUAGUCACAACAAGAUGUCUCGUGACCACAUAAUAAACGAAGAUUAUCCAAAUGUGGCUCCAUUCCUCGCUGUAGAAAACUUUGUAUCGUUUCCAGUUUAUUCUCCGACGUUUUGUUUCUCCACAUCGGCCAUCUCGAAUAUUUUGUUUAUGCAGGAAAUUAAAAUAAUAAUAUCCAGGCUGGACGACCUGAUUUCGAGAAACAAACUGAAUCAGCACCCCUGCUUGAUUUCUCAGGCAGGAGCCCAGGCUACAAUGCGCCUUGCUUCAAAGUCGAAACUUCGCAGUGAUUGGGGUACUACUGUCGAAAUGCCGUUUUGUCUACAUAAUGGAUCCUGCCCACGUGUAUUUGACGAUGAUGAUUUACAUGAGCAAGCUAAAUGGUUGAAGAUUCUCGAAGAAGUUAUUCUACCGCUUGAUAAAAUGAAGGAAAGUGAAUUAGCUACGAUUGCUCCUCACCAGCACAGCGCAAUUGUCAAACACGCUAUGACAAAAUUAAAAAAAGAACAGAAACCUAAAUCAUACUCGAAAUCGAUAUCGGAAACUGAUUCUUCUAGCAGCCACGAAGGCUCACUGUAA